AUCAACUACAAUGUCGUUGCUUUCCAGCUCCUCCCUUUACAUUAUAUACACACAUUUCUAUCAAAAACCAAACUCUACCUUGUUCACUUUGUCCAAAGCCACCUGAUCAUCCUAGUUAACUCUCUUUCCUCUCUUAAGGCGGUAUGUCGAUGCCACCGAUGGCGCCCAUGCCGCCCAUGCCGCCGAUGGCUCCCAUGCCACCGAUGCCGCCGAUGGCACCGAUGGCACCGAUGCAGAUGACUCCACCUUCGGGCGACCUGAGCAACACAUCCAUGAUCAUGAACAACAACCUCCACUGGGGCAUCGACGCCACUAUACUCUUCUCCGGCUGGCCAGGCCACCACCACCCCGGCAUGUACGUCUUAUCUCUCGUCUUCCUCUUCCUCCUCGCCAUCGCCAUCGAGGUUCUUUCAGUGGGGCCUACUCUGAAGCCAGCCGCCACUCCUCUAGUCUCCGGCGUCACUCAGACGGGUAUAUAUGCCCUGCGCACGGUUUUGGCAUACUUGGUCAUGUUAUCUGUCAUGUCCUUCAAUAUUGGAAUCCUCAUAGCCGUGGUGGCUGGCCACGCCCUAGGUUUCUUUGUCGUCAAGGUUCGUGCGCUUAACCACAUCGCCGGCCAAGGCCAAGUCGACUCGAACGAUCCGCUCAAAGUAUGAUCGACAAUGAAUCAGUGUGUCUUCUUCUUAAUAACGGCGUUGUGGUUUGUUUGUUAUCUUUUGUAUCAUAUUGCUCUUGACUCGCCUGGUUUUAAUUGGUUUGUUUAAGCUUUGUUCUGUGCGACCUUUCUUUCGUCGUUGUUUCUAUAGCCUUUUCUAUUAAAUUGUGCGUGCUUGUUGUG